AUGUCCCAAUAUGAAGAUGCAUCAUUCGAUCAUUCGGAUUCACAAUUCGACAAGAUUGCUUCCUCUUCCUAUCGUGGAUUACCUUCUUUUCAAUUAGAACAUCACACCAAGAAUAUUUCAAUUCCAUCAUCAUCAUCUUCGACAAGUGGCAGCUCCAAUCAUCCACAACAAUCACCCACAUCAUCCACAAGAGGAUCACCACAAACUUCUCAAAGUUCAUCACCACAUUAUGGUGGAAGUCACUCUUCGACAUCUCCGUUAACUUCUUCUCGACAACAUUAUCAAAAUUCUUCGACUUCGACACAACCUCAUAGUCCACCAACGAAUACGACGUCGUUUCAUCGACAACGAAAAACUCCAGUCAUGUAUCAUCGAAAUUCGCCCAGGACUCAAAAUGGAAUGACAAGUGGCAGCAACCAUCUACCUAAUGUCACGGACUCGACGUCGCCAACACCUUCCAAGAAAUCCACAGGCUCAUCACCAUCAAGAAUCAACAACCUUAAUAUUUCAUUAGGAACCUCGACACAAUCCACAGCAUGGUCUUCCUUUUCAUCUUCAUCAAGUCCUCCAUUUUGUGAUAUUAAUCCGAGUCCAAUUUUUUCAAGUUCUCCAUUUCCGAAAGCGUCGAUUCAUACAUCGAAAUUGCAUAUUGAUGACAUUCGGGACUCAUUGAUUGCGACAGGAAUUUUUGCAGUCACUCGAAAAUUUCUGAGCACUCCACUCUUGUACAUUAGAGGUAGCUUACCAUGUCCUCUCGAAUUUUCCGAUCACAACAACAUUUAUCUCAGUAAGGACGCUCUCACUCAUCGUAAAAUGAUUUCCAACACUUCCAAAAUUCCCAACGUUUCGAAUUCCAUGGACGAAGAUGACGAAGACAUGUCAAGCAUUCACACACCUUCUCUUUCUAACAUGUUAAUUAAUAAUCACUUUGAAGAAAGCAAACCUAACUCUCAUUAUAGUCGCUAUGAAUUAAGCAGUGGAAAUAUGUCAACUUUUGGAUCUCUCUUACAAACUUCUGGAUCUAGUUUUGGAGAUCCAUUGUUUGCUUCUUCUUCAUCGUUGGCCAGUCAUCGAAUGAAAAGUAGUGAAACUCCGAGUGGAAGCGAAUUAAUUCCGCCCACUUAUCGAUACACGACCAUGUAUCAACAAAUGAUUCAAGAACAACAAAAACAAGACUUAUUUAAAGAAGAAGAGGGCGAAAAGAAUCACGAGGAUGUGACAAGUGGUCAACAUUUUUCGCAUCAAAAACUGGCAACUUCAUCUUCGACCAUACAUUCGAACACAACUGUUUUGCAUCUUUCUCCACCAAAUUCACCACAACGAGACACCUCUUCAUGCGCCUCUCCAACUCAACUCAUUUCAUUUCAUCGAUUUUCAUUGGGCUCUACUUUUUCUCCACCUCAAGAAACUCCGUUCCGAGCAUCGGAUCAAUUUGUGACAUCUCCGAUGAGUCCGAACCAUCCUGUACAAGGUUUGAUGAGUCAGAGUCCAACAUCGUUGUUGAAUCCUGAAGAAUUCGCAUUAAGACGAUCGACUGUAUCAAGUUCUGGAAGAAGAUAUUCGACAGGAAGUGUUUCGUUUCCAAAUGGAGAAGAUCCUGCAGCUGUGAUGACAGGUGGCCAUUUGACAGGAGGUAUUUUGACAGAACCUCCUUCUUCGAAUUAUUCACAAUUUUCACACUUUACAAUGAAUCAAUUUGGAGAUGGUGGAAUGGGAUACAAUUCUUCAACUAUUCAUCAAUACAGAGAAGCACUUCGAAAACAACAAGAAAUGGAACCAGAAAUGGAACGAUUGAAACGUCUCUUUUUAGAACAACAACAGCAACAGGAAGGUUAUGGAAUAUCCAUUUAUGGAAAUGGUCAACACGCUAGUCAUGAACAAGACGAAAAUGCAAAUAUUCAUUCAAGUAGCUACACAGAAUAUACCUAUUCCAAAGAAGAACAAUCUUUCGCUCAACAAGAUCAUGGAAUUAAACGAAAACGAAGGGAACAUGAAGAUUUUGAUGCACAAAAGAAACCCAAAGAAAUAAGCUCUUCAAAUUCUGGAAUUUAUUCAUCAUCAACGAAUCCACACACUUCGUUUUCAUCUCAUUAUCCUUCCUCGUCUGGAUUUUCACACACGAAUUCUAUUUAUGGAAAUGGUAUGCGAGGAGGAGAUUCUGUGACUUCUCCCACCUCAAGCAUGAGUUCCACUUCUGGAAUUCACAUGUAUUCCACUCAACAUGCUUCUCAUCAACCAUUCAUGCAACAACAUCCAUCUUCCCUUAAUUUCUUAAAUACCCUUAAUCAUCACCAGUCUGUUAGGUUCAAUGAUGGAAGAGGAGCAGUCGAAGGAGGAGGAGUAGGAAUGAAUGAUCAUUCGCUUUCAACAAACCAAUCGUCGUCCAUGCAUCAUCCUUCUUCACAACAACAACAACCAUCCAAACCUCAUUCGACAAGGAAAAAAUUAAUUGGAUUUUUUGGAAAUUUAUUUGGAAAACAUUCGAAACAUUCCAAUGCCUCAUCAUCUGUUUCUUCUCGUUCUUCCAUGCCACAACAUUCAAAUUCUCAACAAUCAUCCAUCAUGAGUGGUGAUGAAUUUCACACACUGAAUCGAAGUUUGAGUAAUCUUUCUUUGGAACAUUCUCGUCGAAUGGAAGAUGAUCCAUCGACGUCAUUUCAAGUUGCACAAGGUCGAUCUCAUGGAUCCAUGAUUCAACGCAAUUAUAGUUUUCACAUGUCAUCUGGUCAUUCCACACAUCACCAGCAACAUUCGAAUCAUUUCUAUCCUCAACCUUCCAAUCAUUCUUCUUCCACGAAUUCGUUCUAUCCGCAUCAUCAUUCACAACAUGAUGUGAAUUCCAACUUGUCAAAUGUCAUUCCACCACAACAACCGUACAUCCCUCCGAGUCUUCACACAGGUCAUUUCCAUGUUGUCUAUAAUCCAGAAAUUGGAGAGCCACAAUUUCCUGCAAGUCCACCAAGUCCACAAAAAGUGCCAACCCAACAACAUCCUUCACGUAGCAACACCACUUCACCCACAAGUCAUCAACCCAGCACUACUACUACUGCCACCAUGUCAGAUGUCAUGAACUCCCCUCGAAACAAUCCUUCCUCUACUGCCUCCAUCACGAGUACUCUUCCCAUUGCCUCCUCGAACACCACUACUUCUCCAGAAACCACCACAACCACAAAUAACGGUCACGACGAAGAAUUCAAUGAAAAUGGUACUUCAGUAGUAACUUCUGACGACGAUUUAUUGGACGAAACGGACGACGAGCCCAACAGUCUUGCAAAAGGAGUCACCAAAGAAAAUGCCACCAAAAAUUCAUUGGGUGAAUAUGUGUGUGACGUGUGUGGAAAAACUUUUGCUCAAUUCGCCAAUUUGAAACGACAUUUAAGACUUCAUUCAGGAAAUAAGCCCUACACGUGUACCUUUGAAGGAUGUGACAAGAAAUUUGUGAGACGUUCCGAUUUACAGACCCAUAUGAGAAUUCACACGGGAGAACGACCCUAUGUCUGUCAAGUGGAAGGAUGUGGAAAGACCUUUACGACAUGUUCGAAUUUGAGAAGACAUGAACGUUCAGUGCAUAGUGCUGCUUCUGGAAGUGAAAAAAAGAAAUGA